AUGGGCUCCGAUGAUGAUGAUGCUGAUAAUAAUAAUAGUAAUAAUAAUAAUGAUGAUGAUCUUGAUAAACUGGUAGCCGCACAGUUAAUAAGAUCCCGCACAGCCACUAAUGUAGGAAAUCCAACACCUACACGAACAACAACAACAGCAGCAGUAAAAACUAUGAAUACUUCAGCUGACAGUGAUGAUGAGUUAGAUGCCUUAAUUCAUGAGGCACUAGCAGGUGUGGCCAUAACACCAAUAGCGAAAAAAACAGCAGUAAGAACAGAGAAAUCCAACAAGAAUAAUUCCCAUCCAUCUCAACAAGAAGAAAACACUAAAAUAGAUGAUGGUGGUAUGAUGAGUACAAGAAAAGAAAAUAAAAUGAAAAUGAGUAUAAAGACAACGAAGGCAGUUGUUACGGAAACCUCACCUGUAGUAGUAGUAAAAGAAGAUAUGGAUCUUCACAGUGAUGGGAGUAAUAGUGAGAAUAGUAAUAGUAGUGGUGAAGAUAUACUGCAGGCUGUUCUCGCUGGUCAUGGUUUACCACCAUUGGAAAAUAUAGAAACUAUACAUACAUCCAAUAGGCAAGCAUUUAAACAUUUCCCCUCACAUCAUCAUGAAUCCAUCACAGUUCAUAAUAGUAUGGAGAAAAAAAAUGAGAAUACAAAAAAAGAGAAAGAUGAUGAUGAUGAUGAUGAUGAUGAUGAAAAGGAAGAGGAACAUUUAUUAAUGGAAACUCUUUCCAAUCUAGUUCAUCCACCAGUGCAGUUUGUUUCUAAAAAUCGAAGGCAAAAUAAUUCUACGCCUUUGCAAGAACUCUCAAAGGAAGAAGUUCACAGUAGUAAUAGUAUUGGUAAAUGUAGGAAUAGUGAUGAAGAUAGUAAAGGUAUUGGAAUGGCUAACCAAACAUCUCAUCAUACUACUAGUGCGAGUAAAGAAGUUAUUUCACAUUCUAAAAAGGAGAAUACUUCUAAAUCUAAUUCUACUACUACUUCUACUUCUUCUAGUAAAAAACCAAGAAGUGGACAAAGUGAAACGCAUACAAAGUCUCUUCAUGCCUUUCACGAUUUAGAAGAUGAGAAACAAAUUCUUAAUGCUAUUUUAAAUGCAGUACAAGACCGUCAAUCAAGUGUGAGUGGAGACUUAAUAUAUGAAGAUGAAGAAAAAGGAAAUGGAAAUGGAAAUGGAUAUAAUGUAGAGACUAUUUUACAACAUGCGGAAGAUAUCGCCGCCGCUUCUCUUCGUGGAGAAAAUGGAAAAGAAUCUCACAUUAUGCAUCUUCACGAACAUGUGGAAAUGCGUGAGGAGCUGCGAAAGGCAAGAGGAUCUGUAGGAUGGCCAUCAUGUGUGUGUGGACGGACAACAAUAGCGACAGAAACUAUUUUAGGUGUUGAAAAGGAAUCCACCGUAAUGAAAACUUCUUCUAAUUCUUCUAAUUCUUUAUCAAAAAGACCAACUCUUUGUAUUGGAACAACACUUGGCGUUAUUUUACUUUUUAAUGAAAAAACAAAAAUGUGUGGUAUGUGUGGAUCUGUUGAGGCCUCCAUUGUAGAGAUGCGUGGAGCUGUGGUAUCUCUUUCCAUGUCUUUUGAUGCUUUAACGGUUUUUUCUGGUCAUGAACGGGGAACUUUAAUUCUAUGGGAUAUUAAUUCACUCACCGCAUUACGUGAAAUUUCAGAUGAAUAUAAUUCACCUAUUACACGACUUCGUCAUUGUGGAAUGGAUACUUCUCGUGUGAUUGUUUUAAGUAGUAAUGGUAGUGUGAAAUUACUUUCCUUUACACGGAUAAUAUCUAAAAUGGUAUAUCGUUUAACCAAUAUCGCCGUUUCUGUUCCAGAAGCUCCAUUUAAUGAUAUAGAUAUUAUUUUUCUUAAAGGUGAAGGAUUAUAUCUAGUCGCUGCAGUCUCUGCAGAUACUUUACUCUUAUCUGCAUUAGAUUGUGGUUUACAAACCAUCGUUACGCCUAUAAUGCGGCGAACUCGACCUCCUAAAUCUGCUCGAAUACAAGAAUUAUUACAAUUUGUUUCUGUAAAUGUGGAAGAUCGUAUUCUUUUAUGUGUAGCUUGGGGUGCAGAUGUGGAAAUAUUUACCAUUGCACUUGGUGGGAUAUUAACAGAACUUCAUCGAGUCGCCAGUGUUCGUCUGGAAAGACCUUUACAUGCAAUGACACCUAUUAUGGGAUCUUGUUUAGUUUUAAUGGAUCAAAAUGAAUCUUUACAUUUAUUAGAUGUAAGUGUAGGGGUAAUUGUGGAAACACGUCCUUUACAUGGUGUAGAUCCUGUCAUGUUUUCUAGUCGAAGUUGUGGAAUGCGGUUUAAUGCCGCACUUACACAAAGUGGAAAUCGUGCUAUUCUGCUUGGACGUCGUCGAGCUUUCACAUGUACAUUACUUCCAUGGAAUGUUCGUUUAGAUCUCUUAGUUCGUCAAGAACGAUAUGUGGAAGCUUUGGAACUUGCCAAGGCAUUUGCAUUGGAAGUGGCUUUAGCAGUUGUUGGACUUCAAAGUGAUCCUGUUCUUCGUCGUGAAAGUAUUCAUCUUUAUUUAGUGGGUCUAAUUAAAGAUUAUCUUUCACAUCUUAUGAAUAAUAAUAAUAAUAAUAAUAAUAAUAAUAAUAAUAAUAAUAAUAAUAAUAAUAAUAAUAAUAAUAAUAAUAAUAAGAAUUAUUUCUCACGUGAGGAGGUAAUGGUGGUAAAGAGUAUUACAGAUAUUAUUCAAUUUUGUGCCGAUAUUGAUGCGAUGAAUGUUUUCUUUGGUCCUGCAAUGGAAUUUCUUCGUCAAAUCACAAAAUCAGAUGCUCUUGCACUUUAUUGUCUGGAAGGUUGUAUCUUAGCAGGAACCGUUACAACUUUACCAGAGAUGUAUAUUCAACCUUUUUUUAAUCUUUUUGCUCAUGAUGAAACAAUAGAGAGUUCACUUCAAACGUGGGAAUCUUCACAAGGUGUAAAUGAUGAUAUUCUUCUUCUUAAUACUAAUAAUACUAAUACUACUACUACUACUACUACUACUACUACUACUACUAAUACUAAGCCAUUACGAGGUAUAAUGCGUGCUGAACGAGCUUUAAUGCGUUUAGAAGGUAGUUAUGAACUUCUUAUGCAAAUUGCAAAGAAAUAUAAUUUAGUUCGAUUAGCCGUUGCUAUUUUAUCCUAUAGACAAUUUAAAUAUAUAGAGGCAUUUAAAUUAAGUCUUGAAUGGGAUCCUACUGGAGAUGUGGCAUUAUAUUACUUUGAAUGUACAAUGAAAGGAUAUACUAUUUUAGGUGAUAUAGAAUACUCGGAUUAUCAAUCUCGUACGGCAAAAGAACAACUUUGGAGUUAUUUAUUAACUAUUACAGAAGACUUUAAACGAUUACUUCAUCUUAAUGCUGAACGGGUUUUACAAGCCACUCUUUUUUCUUUACAGGAUAGACCUCCCUAUUCACCAUGGGAACAAGAUCCAUCUUUAAAGCAAAAAUGUAUUUCCGCCUUAUUUAUACAUCUUAUUGGGAUAGAUUUAACAACUAGUAAUAUAUUCAGACCAUGGGAAUUAGCCAGACGUGAAUGGCCUUCAUAUGAUACAGUUGUUCAUCCUCUUUUUAUAGGAAUGACACGUAUCUUAUUAACAGGUACACUGGAAUUGGAUAAUAUACAGCCAUUUUGUGAAUAUGCAUGUUCUCAUUUUAUUUAUCAAUUUCAAACAGCUGAAGAUGAAGGACAAAGACGAAUUAUACAAAGUGAGGCUGCAUCUCUUUUAAGUAGUUCUAUUACAAAAAAUGUUGAUUUUUCUUUUGCAGAAGAAGAAUUACAACAACAACGUAUGGCUAGAACUUUGGCAGCUUUAUAUUGUUCCCGAGGAAAAUAUGGGGAAGCAAUUGAUUGUUAUCUUGAUAAAGAAAAUAAUAGAGCCGAUACAGGAUUAGCAAAAGAUGUAUUUCGUAUUAUUAAAGAAGAAAUGAGUUUUCUCUUACAUGUAGGUGAAGAGGCAUUAUCAUUUAAACUUCGGGAAGCUGUUAUGCAUCGUAUUUCUCUUUUAGUAAGUGUAGAUGCUACUUCCUUGGCUCAAUUUGUAUUGGAAUAUCUUCCAGGUAAUCAUGAUGAAGUAAUGAAUAUACUUCGUAAUUCUGGAGAAACCUUUCUACGAUAUUUAGAUGAAUUAAUUGCUAAAGGUGAUCCAGCAGUGGCAAAUGAUGUUAAACUUCAGAAUACAUAUAUUGAAUUACUUUGUGCUCAUGAACCAACACGGGUAUAUCCAUACUUGGAUGCUUAUGAUUCUAUUAUUACCUACGAUUUACAUCUUGCUUUACAAGCAGUUAAACGAUAUAAAAUUGCAGAUGCCGCUGUGUUUCUUCUUGAAAAAACACUUAUGAUUGAUGAAGCGAUGAAAAUUCUUAUUGGAGCUGUAGCGGAUAAACUACGCUUAGUAAGAGAAGAGGUAAUAAAGUAUGUAAUUGCUUCUUCUUCUUCUUUUUCUGAGGAGGAGGAAGAGGAGGGAAAUAAUUUUACCUCUUUAGAAUCACAAUAUUCAAAAAUAAUGGAUAAAGAAGAAGAAAAAGAAAAAGCAAAAAGAGAAGGACUACAUAAUCAUAAUAAUAAUAAUAAUAAUAAUAAUAAUAAUAAUAAUAGUAGUCGUAAUGAAAAGUAUAUGUGGGAAAGUGAAAAGUCACUUCAACAAGUAUUAGGAGUUGGAAUGGAUCUUUGUACCAAAUAUAAUAAUGAUCUUAGUUCCCGAUCCAGUGGAAAUUGGUUUACUUUAUUAGAACUCUUUACACGCCCCAGACGUCUUCUCUGUGAUCGUCAACGACAACAACUCACCGUAUCGUUACAAUCUGAAUGUGAAUCUGUAGAUGGUUUUGAUGAUGAUGAAAUUAAUGCCUCUCUUGCAUCAGAUUAUUCAUUAACAAAUACUUUAUUUCCAUUAUUAUCCAAUCCUCUCUCUAUACGUGGGGUUAAAUAUUUAGAUAAAAUGAUUGCUAUCUAUACAAAGUAUGUCUCACAGCUUUUAACCGAAAUGAUUAAAGUUUUAAAUCUUUCAGAAGUUAUUGGAAGAAUCGUAAAGGAUCAUGAACGUGAACGAUUUGGUCCUUUUAAACCAGUUAUUGUUGAUAUUAUGUCUUCUUUGAGUUUUGAGUUGGAAGUAAAUCGAUUAUGUAAACUUUGUAUCGAUAAUGAUAUUGUAGUUCUUGCCGAUCAACUACAUCAAAGUUACAAAACAGGUGUAGUUCCUCUUUCGGAUACUUGCUAUAUUUGUAAUGAAAGUCUUGUUCAUACUCGUUCUGAAGAAGUAGAAACAUCUGUACGGAUAUAUGCAUGUGGACAUGGUUAUCAUGAGUCAUGUGUAUUAACUUUUUCUCCUGGAGCCGAUUGUGUUCAAUGUGAGAAGGAACGAUCUGGAGGUUUACAAUCUCAUCUUGCAUGGAAACAUGGAAAGGAUAACACAGUUGAAGGAAAUAAUAAUAGUUACAGUAAUAGUAAUAGUAGUAAUAGUACUAUUAAUAAUAAUAAUAAUAAUAAUAAUAAUAAUAAUAAUAUUCAUAAUGAUAAUGGCGAACGAAGCGAUAGGGAAGAAGAAAGACGGAUAUUGCAAGAAGAUGAUCUUUCUUUAACAAUUCGAAGAUUAAAACAAACACGAGCUAAAAUAGAUGGGGCUCGUGAAUAUCAAGAGAUGUUACGUGGGUUUUUGCAAACGAAACAAAUUCAAACAAUUUCAUCUGAGUUUCCAAAGGAGUCUAUAAUGGGAAAAAAUCUACUCGCACCUGCACCUCCUAUACCUGUUAGUAUUGGUGAAUUCUCUGAAGAAGCAUUGGACUUUAAUGCUCCUUUUACUGCCAUUUUAACAGAUGAAGAUGUACUAGAACUGUUUGGUACAUCAGAAGAAAAUGAUGAUAAGAAUGAGAUUGCAGAUAAUGGUCUACCCACAUUUAUAAAUGGAUCAAAACUUAAGAUUUGA